AUGAAUGCAAUAUGUAAGGCAUUCAAGAACAAAGGGUCUUCAAGAAUAAACUUUGAAGAAAAGUCGAUUAUUGUUCAGUCCACUGUACAAAGUAUAGUUAUUAAUAUUUUGAAUAAUAACUGGUACCAGAACAGGUUAAAAGAGCUAAAAAAAGGAGACCAAAAGACAAAAGAUACAGAUCGGCGCAGAAGCUGUUUGCUUAAGAUGCAUGCUACCAGUGUCUCAACUCCUGGGGCAUGUUAUGAAAUAGCUUUAAUCGGUGGAGCAAGCCAAUGUCUCGCUGAGGCGUGUACAAAGAUUGAUCCGCUAUCUUCGGUACCAGAUUCAAAUCAUGUUUGUGGGGAUCCGGUGCUGCCAGAAAAUAGCACCAUAAAUGACGAUAUAAUCAGACAGAAAUUUGUUGGACUCUGCCAGCUUUUGAGGGACAUUCUAGAUAAUAGAGUAAUACUGAAGACUCUGUCAGAAGCUCCAGGAAGAUUCACUCAUUUACAGCCGUGCUUGUUUUCUUUAAUUGAAUCUAAACAUAACAGCCACUGCGAGUACGAUGUGAAGAGACUGCCUCUUCCACAAAUAUUUAGUGUGUUCCCCACCCUUUCCUUGCACAGGCGUUCUUUAACUUUGUCUGUAAACACAUUAUCCGUGUCUCUUCUUGUUCCAGGCAUUGAGAAUUCAAACAACAAAUGUUUGGAAACUUGGUCAGGUUGGACGUCCUCAGUGUCGAUUUUUUUGAUCUACAAAAGACGAAGCGACCAGAAGGAAAUGGCUACCAAGAUUAAUCAAAUUGAUCUCAAACUUGAUGAUUUUGGUAGUCGAGAAGUUGAAGAAUCACAUCUCCCAAUAUCAGUUGACCCCCCCCGGAAGAAACCCCGUUUUUUUUGUGCAGUAGCUGAUUUAGACCGUGAUGGUCGAUGA